UCCUGCAUUCAGAGCGCAGUGCCUUCAGACGCUUGAUUAAAAACCGCGAACGCGACGCGAGAGAGUGACGCGCAAACAAGGACUUAAACCGAGGAACUGUUCUUUAACUACACAUUAGAAACAGAAAGCGAAGAUGUUUACUUGGGCUCUUCUGUUCGUCGUUAUUGCGCACUUUAAUGCGGCUCUAGCCAGCUGCCCGGCGGAGUGCUCGUGCCCCACUGAGGUGCCCAGAUGUGCGCCUGGAGUCAGUCUGGUGUCAGUUGGCUGCGACUGCUGCAAAGUUUGUGCCAGACAGCUGAACGAGGACUGCAGCAGGACAGAGCCUUGCGACCACACCAAGGGCCUGGAGUGCAACUUUGGGGCCAGCCACGGGGCCACCAGAGGCAUCUGCCGAGCCAAAUCAGAGGGCAGGCCGUGCGAAUACAAUAGCAGGAUCUAUCAGAACGGAGAGAGUUUCCAGCCAAACUGUAAGCACCAGUGCACAUGCAUCGAUGGGGCGGUGGGUUGCAUUCCACUGUGCCCGCAGGAGCUUUCCCUGCCCACGCUGGGCUGUGCCAACCCCAGACUGGUCAAAGUGCCAGGCCAGUGCUGUGAGGAAUGGGUCUGCGAUGAUGGAAAGCAAAGGGAAGCCUUCGACAAGCUGUUUGGCAACAAGCAUACGUUGGACGACUCCGAGAGCGACCUGACCAACAGAAACGAGCUCAUCUCCAUUGUCAACGCUGGCCUGAAAUCUCUACCUGCUUUCCGAUCGCAGCCAGAAUCACGCACUUUCGAGAAGUGCAUCGUCCAGACCACACCCUGGUCACAGUGCUCCAAGACCUGCGGGACCGGAAUCUCCACCAGAGUAACCAAUGACAACGUCGACUGCAAGCUAAUGAAGGAGACCAGGAUCUGCGAAAUUCGCCCUUGCAGCCAGUCACCGUACACGAGCCUCAAGAAAGGAAAGAAGUGCAACCGUACCAAAAAGACAAUGCAGUCGGUGAAGUUCACCUACGCCGGGUGCUCCAGCCUAAAAAAGUACCGCCCCAGGUACUGCGGUUCCUGCGUGGACGGCCGCUGCUGCAGCCCGCAGCAGACCCGCACCAUCCGCGUCAAGUUCCGCUGCGAAGACGGCGAGACCUUCAACAAGAACGUCAUGAUGAUCGAGUCCUGCAAGUGCACUUACAACUGUUCCCAUGGCAACGAAGCCUCCUACCCCUUCUACAGACUCUUCAACGACAUCCACAAGUUCAGAGACUGAGCGGGGAAUCCCACCCCGCCCCCCCCCUCAGGUGACGAACGCGACGUCACGACGACCAAUAGCAAGCCGGCUGGACCGUCGGCUGCCCAAUCAACUUCCAUCUCCUGUUGCAUGCAGAUUCCCACGGAAUUACGCUACGGGGACUUUUAAAGAAGUGCACUGUUUGGUGCUCCACAUUGGAGCAAAACUAUUUAUGGCUUCGUUAUGGAGCAACAUGUAAAGACAAAAUGAGUUGUACAAUGUAGUUGUUAAUAAUAAAAUGUUCAAUGUAUAGUUUAAUGUCGAAAUACAAAACAUGACCCAAACUGUAGACUUGUAUGUGUGUAUGUUCCCAACUGUAGAUAUACACGUGCAUCAUUUGAACUCGAAUCGAUGACGCCCAGUUGAGUUUGUCCAACUAGUACACAGUAACUUUCUCCUGAUGUUCGGCAGCUAAAGAAAUCAAACUCCAUGACGAUUAUGAUUAACAAUGACAUGAGUUGCUUAAAGGUUGAAUGAAUGUUUUUAAUAUUGUUAUUAAUAUUAUUUAUCUUAAACGUAGCUCUUUUAUUUGAACGUUGUCAUACUGGAAUAAAGUGUAAAAUUAUCUAAUUUUAUAUGUAACAAAUAAAAAGAUUUAUUUAUGAAUUACA